AUGGAGAUAUGCGAGCAAAGCGAAGCAUUCGUGGAACAAGACGGCGAUCUUAUCUUCGACCAUACAAAGCUGAUCUUGCGAGGAGAUGGCGAGUAUUUCUAUGCCAGGGUCAACUGGUGUGUCUCUUCACCCUCUGCGGUUGAUAUCAGUCAGCUAAAGAUCAACAAAAUUCUCACAAAAAACAUCUGGCCGCCAAUGGAUUCUUGUUAUACUCCCGCUCCCAACCCUUUACCUCUGAAUUCCUACAUCAAGCAGCUGAGUCUUCUAUAUUACAGUGACACUCCUGCUUCCCUGGAGCUGGGCUGUCAGCUAUUGGCUGAGGUGGAAGUGUGCAAAGUUCUUCAAAGAAACCCACACCCCAACAUUGCUCAGUAUCUUGGUUGUGUUACCAAGAAUGAUAGGAUAAUGGGGCUGUGUUUUGUCAAAUAUCUGAUGAACUUGUCACAGAGACUAUGGGAGGCAACUCCCUUUGACAGGGUCCUUUGCCUACAAGGGAUUGAGAGUGGCAUUAAACAUAUGCAUACUUUGGGGCUCAUACAUAAUGAUCUUAAUCCAUCAAAUGUCAUGAUGGAUAAGAGGGACAUUCCUGUAAUUAUAGACUUUGACUCAUGCCAGAGAGAAGGGGCUCAAUUAGGUCUCAAGGCAGGAACAGUUGGUUGGGCAAUGGAGGGCACUGUCUACACAACCCAGCAGAACGACUUCUUUGGGCUCUCAAAGAUACAAGAAAUCCUGAUGGGAGGGGAAGAGAAGGGGAGACAUGGCCAUGAAUGUUGA